CGGCCAUUAUUGGCAUUUGCCAUUAUAUGUAUAUUCUUCUCAUCAGUUUUUACAUUCAUUUAUAUUUUCACUCGCAAGUGCAGCAACGUAUUCAUCGUCACCGAUUUGUAAUAAUAUGAGUAAUGUACCCAAACAAAAUGGAUCAGGUCUAGAGCAGCAGUUUGCUGGUCUGGACUUGCAGGGCAAUUCGAAGCCCGGCUCGGCCCCAAGCAAGUACGUUCCACCACAUCUUAGGAAUCAACCGAACAAUUCACAAGAACAAGAACAAGGAAGAGAUAACGAAAGGGACAAUCGUGAUUUUGACGAACCUCGUCAAACUUCAGGUUUCAAUAAUAGAUCGUCAGAUUUGUUUAGCCGAGGAAACGACCGCCGUGGUGGCCGUAGAGAUGAUUACGAUGAUCGUUCCUACAAUGGAUCCUCGAGUUCCAAUUAUGGUGGAGGACGAGGCGGAGGUAAUUAUAGAGGCAAUUACCGCAAUGAUAGAGAGGGCGGCGAUUGGUCGCGUUUCAACCAAGGCGGAGGAGGAGGAGGUGGUGGUGGUAGCAGAUGGCAAGAAGGAAGACGAUCUGAGAACCGAAGAGGCGGCGGUCGAUGGGACGAUUCCAACGCUGCUAACCAAGAUUGGACUAAACCACUUCCACCAGAUGAGCGUUUGGAGGAAGAAUUGUUUGGAAACAGUAGCACAGGCAUUAAUUUCAAUAAAUAUGAAGACAUUCCAGUUGAGGCAACUGGUGAGGACGUACCUCCUCAUAUUGAUACUUUUGACGACAUUAAGCUGACAGAUAUUAUUCGUAUGAACAUAUCUUUGACUCGUUAUGAUACGCCAACUCCAGUACAAAAGUACGCUAUACCAAUUAUUGUUGGACACCGUGAUGUUAUGGCAUGUGCCCAAACAGGAUCUGGCAAGACAGCUGCUUUCUUAGUCCCAAUACUUAAUCAGAUUUACGAAAAAGGACCAGCUGCCUACAAUGUUGGCCCUAAGCCACAAUCUAGAAGAAAAUAUCCUCUUGGUUUAAUUUUAGCUCCCACCCGAGAAUUAGCUACUCAAAUUUAUGACGAAGCAAAAAAAUUUGCUUAUCGAUCUAGAGUGCGCCCUUGUGUUGUAUAUGGAGGUUCUCAUGUAAUGGACCAAAUUCGUGAUCUAGAACAGGGAUGCCAUUUAUUAGUGGCAACGCCUGGUCGUUUAGUGGACAUGUUAGAAAGAGGAAAAAUUGGUCUAGAUUUUUGUCGUUACCUUGUUUUGGAUGAGGCCGAUCGGAUGUUGGAUAUGGGUUUUGAAACUCAAAUUCGACGUAUUGUCGAAAAGGAUUCAAUGCCUCCACCAGGCGACAGACAAACUCUCAUGUUCUCAGCAACGUUCCCCAAAGAAAUUCAAAUGUUGGCCAGAGACUUCCUUGACAACUAUAUUUUCUUAGCCAUCGGUAGAGUAGGUUCAACAUCUGAAAAUAUUACUCAAAAAAUUGUUUGGGUUGAAGACCGUAACAAGAGGUCGUACUUAUUAGAUUUACUAAAUGCUACUCCAAUUAGAUCAAAACCUGCAGAAUCCUUGAUAUUAGUGUUUGUGGAAACUAAGAAAGGUGCCGAUUCAUUGGAGGAAUUCCUUUAUUCCAAUGGUUACCCAGUGACUUCCAUUCACGGCGACCGAACGCAACGUGAACGUGAGGACGCUUUGAAAAGUUUCCGGUCUGGUAACACUCCUGUUUUAGUUGCCACGGCUGUCGCAGCCAGAGGAUUGGACAUACCACAUGUGACACACGUCAUAAAUUAUGAUUUACCAUCAGAUGUCGAAGAGUAUGUGCAUCGUAUUGGACGUACUGGGCGUAUGGGAAAUUUAGGUUUGGCGACAUCAUUCUUCAAUGAUAAAAACCGCAAUUUAACUAGAGACCUUAUGGAAUUGAUAACCGAAUCAAAACAAGAAUUGCCAGGUUGGUUAGAGAGUAUGGCAAGUGACUUUAGAAUGAGCAGUGGCAGAAGAAGUAAUGGAUCUAAAGGGGGUCGCUUUGGUGGCGCUGGAUUUGGCUCACGAGAUUACCGUACCACAAGUAGUAUGCCCCCUUCACGAGGCGGUUCAGGCCCUCCUCGUAGAGAUUACGGAGGAGGAGGAGGCAGUAGCAAUGGUAACUCGGGCAACCCAUAUUUUCCAGGAAGUGGAUUUUAUAGCGGCGGCAAUUAUGGAGGAUCAUACGGAGGAGGUGGUAACUCGUCAAACGGAAAUUCCAAAUCACCAGACUGGUGGUCACAGUCAUAAAUGUAUGGUAAAUAAUUAUAAGUUAUCAUUGAAUUUUGAUAAUAUACAUAUAUAUUUAAAGUUUAGAAGAAAAGUGAAUUACAUUUUUUUUAUAAAUUGAUAUGCCUUUUAAAUUUAGGUUAAAUUGAUAGUCUAAAUUCAUUAUGUGUAUAAAAUUAAUGAGUUAAAUUUAAACAAAGUAUG